AUGGAAGGAUCAGCCAGCUCCUGCCAAGUUGGUCCGGAUGGGUUGACCAAACAGCAGAGAUAUUUGCAGAAAAAUCGGCAGAAAAUCAAUGCAAAGAAUGCGCACAGGAAAUUACUGAGGCAAGAAGAGGCCGAAAUAGCAAACACCCUGGAGGUUGAUAGCGAGGACGUUAUUAUUUCAGAGUCUAGGGUAGAACAACCUCAACGGGACAGUGCCAUAUCUGUGGAUCAAUCCACACAAACUGAACUUGAAAACCCCGACCAGCCAAGGCCUGAGGGGUAUUAUACAUCCCAGGAAUAUUAUGCAUCACAAGAGUUCGACGACUUGAUGCAUGAAAAGCUGAUGAAAUUGGAGCGUCUGGAUCGAGCAAAGAAGGCCGAGGAGGCUUUCGAGAAAGGUAUUCAAGAAUACGAAGAUUUCUCCAAGGCCCUGAAACAACGAUGGACCAUUCACUCAGGGUGGAAAUACCCUCGACGAUUUAAAGGCAGUAGAUUGGAAGAGCGAUGCCGACAGCUUCAAGGUUUCCUACAAGAGGCAGACGAGCUGAAUUGCAAUCUUCUGCAAGAGACACCUCCCAGUGAGCCCGAAUGGUUUGAAAUAUUUCUUCAGGUUCGCGAGAUUGUAGCAAAACGAGGUCAUCUACAAGUAGUAUAUCACACACUCAUGGAUACAGUGUAG